AUGGUGAAGUUAGAAAGUGACAGCUCCGAUGGAGACAUUCCUAUGACUACCAAAGAUAGAAUUGAUGAGUUAUUCUCUGAUCGUUUGAGUGAAGAUGAUCUCAAGUACAUCUUGGAGAAGAAGUUGAACUUGAACUCAUUUAAUGGAGUCGCAUUCAAUAAUAAAGCUAAAGAAAUACCAAUUUCUAAAGGUAUGACACCAGAGCACGCUGGUAAAAUUAUCAAUGAAUCUGUUGAGCUUUUGAAGAAAAAGGGAAUUGAAGUCUGA